GUAUUGCGACAGAUAACGACCGAUUUACGGCAACGUGUAGGAUUCUGGAAACAUUUGACGGAGAUUCGCAUCUUAAAAAUUCAAUCAUGAAUAUUCGAUGCGCACAGCCGGAGGACCUGAUGAACAUGCAGCAUUGUAACCUGCUAUGUUUACCAGAAAACUACCAGAUGAAGUACUACUUCUAUCACGGACUCUCCUGGCCACAGCUGUCAUAUGUAGCAGAGGAUGAAGGGGGUAAAAUUGUUGGAUAUGUUCUGGCAAAGAUUGACAGGGAGGAGGACCCGGAAGACUCCGUACCACAUGGGCACAUCACUUCCUUGGCAGUGAAGCGGUCACACAGACGACUAGGGCUGGCUAAGAAAUUGAUGGACCAGGCUUCUCGAGCCAUGGUAGAAUGUUUUGAUGCCCAGUAUGUCUCGCUACAUGUGAGGAAAAGCAACAGAGCAGCCCUACACCUUUAUACAAACACACUGGGUUUCUCAAUCAGUGAAAUAGAACCCAAGUAUUACGCUGAUGGGGAAGAUGCUUAUGCUAUGAGGAAAGAUCUGUACGAGAUAAAAGAAAAGCAUGGACUCCGACAGCUACAGCCAGAAAGCAUUACAGCAUCCUGAAGAUCCAGCUUCCUUGAUAGCAACUCGGGCAAAUGCUUCGAUUUCAUGAGAGUUAUUUUAGAAAACCAACAUCAAGUGCAUAUGCUUGCUGAAGACAAUGUGACAGAACUGGUCUAAAGUUUGGAAUUCCAGGAGUGUGGAAUGUGAACCAUAGAUGAGUUAAUCCCCUUCACAUUGACUGAUGAUGGUGUGUUGAUCUAGAAAGAGCAAGCUUUCAAGGGAGAUAUAAAGAGAGCAAGAGAGAGAAGUAGAGAGCAAGGGAGAGAUAGAGAGACAGAGGUAGCCAGCAUUGAACGAUACUUUUUAUAUAGAAAAUGUGUGAAGAAUGUGAAGCUUGAUCUUUUCAGACAUCAGAAGUCGGACAUUGAAAAUAGUGUAAAUGAGUUUUAUCUAUUUUGGCAUAAUUUGUUAAAGCCAUAUCAAAUACAUGUCUAUUUGAACAUUGUAUAAUUAACUCCAU